AUGGAUGGACAGCAGAGGUUCCCGCCUGGCGUGACGUCCUUGGCCGGUCGUGAGCUUCCAUCCGAUCUGGUGCAGCAGGUAUCAAAUGUCACCAUGGGCCAGCUUUUCUACAUCUUGAGUCACAUUCAAAAGCUGAGUGCCCAGGCCCCUGUGACGGCACAGCGAAUUCUUGCGGAAAAUCCGCAAAUCUGCAACGCCUUGAUCCAUGCUGAGUGUUUGGCCGGGAUGUUGGAUGAGCCGGGCUUGCCUUUGAGCGCCGAAGAGCUACAGCGAGCCAAAGCCAAAGCCAGACAGCUCCAGGACGAGAUGUCGCAACAUGAGCUCCCGCCGCCUCCGCCGCCUCCGAGUGAAGAACUUGGGCCCGGCCUUGCAGUCAAUGCUGACCAGAAGGCACAGUUGAUGCAGAAGCUCAUGCAACUUACUCCGGAUCAGAUCGGCCGAUUGCCUCAAAGCACGAAGGUUCAGCUGCUGAGCUUUCUGAAGCAGAACAAGAGCUACACUGACUCCCCAACUCCCUUACUGAUGACACUUCCCGACGGCGGCGGCUAUCGAGUGCAGGCAAAGCCGGCUCUUCGAACCGGCCAGAGGGUUGUCCUACACGGACUUGGGAAGUCUCCGGAGUUGAACGGACACCGUGGUGUCAUCGUCAAGUGGCGAGAGGAUGUUGGUCGAUAUGCGGUUCGCGUGGCUGGGAAGGAGAUCGGGUUGAAGCCCGAAAACCUGAAGCCUGCAGAGGGAGGGGCCGUUGCCGCAGAGCUGGCCAAGAAGCUGAGCCACAAGGUGGGAGAAGGAUCCAUGUACAAUCCAGAAGUUUAUGCCCGAGUUCCUGGCGCUGGGCCAAGGAUGACGCAUUGGGUCGGCCAGGUAAAAGCCGGGCGACGCGUCUUAGUUCGAGCAGAGGAGGCAACUGGAGCAGAGGCGGAACCUGUGCCGCUGUGGUUUGGCGACCGAGGUUUCGUCAAUGCUGCACCCGUGGAUGUGGCUUUGUUGAUUGCAGAUGUAGGCGAAGAUCUUGCCCGGUGGCAGUCAGCCCUGGCCAAAGCGCUGGCUGCCUUCCCGGCAGCUGCGGGGCGUUUGCGUCAGGUAAAGCAGGAAGGCCAGCUGAGAUGGAAGAUCUUCUUGAACAACGCGGGGGUUCCCUUUACGAUGGCUUCGGUGCCGCCCUGCGGCUUGCCGGGAGCCGAGGUGUUGCAGCUAGCAUGCCAAGACGAUCAAUGUGGUUUCUUCGAUGUUGGUGAAGCUGAUGGAGAAGAAGAGCCCCUUCUGCGAGUCAAGCUCAUCCAUGAAGAGGGCACUGCACGAGGUCUUUUGGGCAUUUCCUUCAACCAUGUGCUUUGCGACAUAUUUGGCUUGGCCGAGUUCCUCCGAAGGAUGUACGCAGAGCUGGAGGGUGCCCAGGCACCAGCUGUGCCCAGCCAUUCGCGAGCUGCGGCACAAAAGGCUUUUGAGGAGACACUCGUUGAAGAGAACUCUGAGGCUUCGAGCUUCGAAGAAUGGUGGCCAUCCUGGCCGCGUGCACAGGAGCGAUGGUCCUUCGUAGCACGCAGGCUGCGGAGUGGUCUCCGUGGCCGCCCGGACGGCGCUGCCACCCUGGCCUUUGCUGCGCCGAAGGCAAAGCUUGCAGCACUGAAGGCGAGGGUCGCAGGUUCCUCCUCACUGGAGGUUUUAGUCGCAUUCCUAGCGCAGCGCGCACGUCGCUUGGGUCGGGGACGGCGAGUCCUGGUUACCAAGGACUACCGGGCAGCGCUCGAGGAGGCUGCACCCGGCCAAGGAUUGGACCGUCUCUUUGCCAAUGUGGUCACGCACGGUCUUUCCUUCGAGGUUCCCGAGGAUCCAGACGAGCCCGACUGGAUGCAACAGGUUGGCCAUUCCAUGCGCCGAGCUGCCGACGCGGCAUCACUUCGAUAUGUGCGAUGGCAAAGCGAGCAGGAUCACUUCCGAGGUUUGCCAAACAUGUUUGGCAGCCUCUGCUGCAACAGCUGGGGUCGAGCGCUUUCCGAGCUUAGCUUCGUUGAGGCAUACGCAAUUGGAAUGCGAAGCGUCGAUGAAAGAGCAGAGAGGAUGUGUUUCCCUCUCGAUGCUGCCUACAUGCAGGUGCUUCCACAGCCAUCCGGAACUCACAGGAUCUUGCUGACAAUGCCGGUGACCGACAUGGAAGCCCUUCUCAAGGAGCUGCCAGAAGAGGUUUUCGACCUGCCGCAUGUGAGCGAGAUGCGCACUCAUGCCUUCCGAGUUCCACUGCCGGGUUCAGUCAUUGAUCGCUUGAACCCCGCUGUCGAGACUCACCACAUUGUCGCGCGCGUGGCAUGUGUUGGGGAUUCUCUCACUGCCUGUGGCUAUCCCAAGUUCUUACAGGCCCGCUUCGACCGUGCAGGGAUGAACGUGCAGGUGCGGAAUUUUGGAGUUGCCGGUGCCACUGUGCAGAAGUUUGCCGACCAGCCGUACUGGGAGGAGCGGAAACUGGACGAUGUGCGAGUGUGGCGACCGCACUUUGUCGUACUGCUCUUCGGUACCAACGAUGCAAAGUCAGGGAACUGGGAACCCGAGGCUUUUGAGAAGGACUACAGAGAUCUCUGCCUACAGUUUAUGGAGCGCCUGGAGCCUAGGCCCGAAGCCGUGUUGGUGACGCCUCCACCGGCCUAUUCGGAAGCCCUGGACGUGCAGCAGGAGGUAGUCAAUCGGAGCUUGCCGGAUGCAGUUUACCGAGUUGCGGAGGCAGCAGCACGUGCCAUCAAUGAGCCGCUGGAGAAGCAGGCGAAGCGGUGCCGUACCACUUUGCCAGCUGAGCUGCUGGCACGUACAUCCUUGGUGGAAGCUUUCGAUCUUCUCGGAGGAUCAAAGCUGAGCAGGAGAACGUACUUUGCAGAAGAUGGCAUUCAUCUGAAUGAGAGAGGCACGAAGCUGCUGGCAGUGGCCGUCUUUGCAGAACUGCGGUCCAAGGUUGGAAGAUACCUGCGUAAACGGGCCGAUGAAGCUGCGCGGGCAGUACCUGACAACCCGUUGGGUCUCUGA